AUGACCUAGGAACCUUAGCUACUUUUAUUACAUAGGGUCCAGAUGGGCCGAACCAUCUGCAAGUUGCCAUCGACUUGACCAUCCCUUGUACUCUAUUGUAGUCAUCAAACGGCUUUUUUCACCCUACUGAGUUGACAAUAAGCUUCGUAUGUUACGAAACAAGGAUCGAGCUGUCGGCCCUUGCUGCUCCUAUCUGCCUUCAUCGGAACGCUCAAUUCUGCUGGUUACCUAUUCACCUAUGUCAAGACAUCUAACAUGAAUUAGCCCGUGUUGCUAAUAUGGCGGAAUCAGAGGAACAAGACUACCACUUUUACGGGACGCCCCUGGAGGACGAGCAAGAGGGCAGGGCUAGCGCAUACCGUAGGCCCGUGAAGGAUCCAGCUCAGAUACGUACACUGCCGAUCUGGAAGCAGGAGGCGACUGACGAGCAAGGACGGAAGCGUUUCCAUGGCGCUUUUACGGGUGGCUUCAGCGCCGGCUAUUACAAUAGCGUCGGGAGCUCGGAGGGCUUCCAGCCCGCCUCCUUCAAGAGUUCACGCAGCUCCCGACAGGCGGUAGUACAGCAGAGCGUGGACGACUUCCUAGACGAGGAUGAACGGGAGGCGCGCAGUCGAACUGUCCUGACGGUUAAGAAUGACUACGACACGUUUGGAACCGUUGCCGCCGACACCGCGCGCUCCGCCGCGCAGCGGGAGGCCCAGCAGCGCCCCUCGCUCAUCCCCGGGCCCAUCAUUGAGGAGCUGGUGGUGCCGGUGGCCAGCGGAGUGGGCAUGCGGCUGCUGCAGAAGCUGGGUUGGCGGCCCGGUAAGGGUGUGGGUACCGCGGCGCCCAGCCGGCAGGCGGAAGAGGCCGGCAGCAAGUGGGGCAGUGUGGCGGGAGUGAGUCUGGAGAACACGCCGCUCUACGUACUGGAGCCCAAGGCGGACCUUCACGGCCUGGGCUAUGACCCCUUCGAAGGUGCGGAGGAGUUCCGACAGGCGGCCAAGAGGCGGAAAGUGGCGGAGCGGGGCAGCGCGGGCGGCGGGGCGCCGGGGGAGGGCGCUGCGGGUGGUGCUUCCAACACGGACCGGGGGACUGGCGGAUCUGCAGCGCAGCGGCGCGGCCGCAUCGCCUUUGGAACUGGAGUGCUGGAGGAUACGGAUACCUUUGGUUACUUGGAGGAUUACGUAGAGGAGGUGUACGAUGAACCACAGCAGCGGCUGCCGGGAGGUUCCGGAGAUGGGAGGCAGGGACCCAGAGGUCUAACAGGUGCCGCAGUUGGGGCCCUGGGCAGCAGCGCCCACGACGGCGGCGGGGGUGUAGCUCGUCACUGGGAGCAGUUAGCACUGUCGUACGAGGUGGUUUCGGAGGGCGAGUCCGACGACGACGGCCGUGGGGGCCCCGCGCGGUGGGCCCGCGGGCACGGCCGCGCGCCCGACAGCCUCAUCCCCGGUUUCCGGCCCAGUCGCUCCUCCUCCGCGUGCGGUGUGGUGGUGCCUGAGUACUUCCUGGCGCCCGAGGUGCCCCCGGACUUCAGCGGGCGGCACGUGUUCCCGGCGGGGCUGCGGGCGGGUUAUCUGCGGGCGGCCUUCACCUCUGCUUUACCGGCUGCAGGAGCAGGGUCCGCCGCGUCGCAGUCCGCCAUCACGGCAACCUGCGCUGUCGGCGGUCCUCCUCCUCCGCCGCCGCCGCCCGAAGUACCUCCGCCCACGGACCCGGGUCUGCGGCGGGAGAUUGAGGUGUUGGCAGCUAUGGUGGCCCGGAGCGGCUCCGCUCUGGAACAGAUUGCCCGCAAGCAAGCAGCCGCCGCAGCAGCAGGGGGUGCGGGAGCAGGGGUCAUUAGCGGCGGCGAUGGUGCGAAAGGGGCGGUGGAGGGCGGCGGACGCACAAAGUACAGCUUUUUCCUGACUGGGGAGGGCUUGCAGUACUACCUGUGGCGCCUACACAAGAUACAGACGGCACUAGCAGCAGUUAAUGCCGGACCGCAGCCGCAUCGAGCUACGCCUGCUGCUGCUGCCGCCGCUGUUCCGCCGUCCGAGGCUGGUCCCGCCAACGCGGCCAUCGCCGCUGGGUCCGCAGCCCAACGGCCGGCCGGCGGGAGACCCGAGCCCCUGACGGUGGAGCAGCGCAUGGCGAUGCUGGGAGAGCAACCGCUGCCUGCCACAGCGGCGGGGACGUCGGUGACGGCAGCGGCAGCCGGCGGCGGCGCUCCUACAGCAGCGGCGGCGGCGGCGCCGUCCCGCCCACAAGUGGCCGAGGCGGACCGACAGCACCUGCAAGCGCUCCUCAGCAGCAACUUUGUACGCGGGGAGAUACAGGAUCUAUCUACCGACUCCGCGCCGCAGACCGUCCCGGCUGAAGCCGCCGCGGCGUUCUUGUCCCGCUUCACCACCGGGUCCUCCUCCGAAACCGCCGUACUGCAACCUGACGGUGCCGGUGGGCUUCAGCAACAGAAGGCCGGCAAGGACGGUGACGGUGGUGGCAAACAAGCCCAAGUGGUCUCAACGGCGCCCCGAGAGGAGCCACUUCGCAGCGUGGAGGAGUGGCGCCCGGAGCCCCUGGUGUGUAAGCGCUUCAACGUGCCUGACCCGUACAAGGGAAAACCGCCGCCAUUGCAGGCACCCCGCUUCCGAACCGACCUGCUGGCCCUCCCAGAGACCAGCAACCUUACCCUCACCACCACCACCACCGUUUCCACCUCAAUAACAAUCGCCGCUGCUGCGAUCACCACAGCGCCGGGGCCCUCUCAACUGCUAACGUCACCAACAGCAGCAGUGCAGCCGCUGUCGCUACCACCACCGCCGCCGUUGCCAGCAGGCCCGACCAGCGGACUAUCAGCAGGUGUGGCGGCAGGUCCGGCAGCGGCCUAUGCCACGGCGCCACCGCCUGGGCUCAGCCACACCUUACCGCAAGGGCCGUUGCCAGGGCCUCCACCGCUGCCCAGGGCAGCGCAGUCUUUGCUGCCGGCGGUGGCUACUACGUCGGCGUCGUUGAUACCCCCAACGGCUGGGCAACGACCUCCGGAGGCCGGCGGGCACUCAGCAGUCGAUGCAGCCAGCGCCUUCCUUUCAGCGUUUGGGCAGAGCCUCUUUCCACCUGCAGCCGGCGGCAGCGGCGGGGGUUCUGCUGACAACAUGGUGCCGCCGCUGCCCUUGCCGCCACCGCCGCCACUGCCCUUUCCCUCGUCUGCCGCCGCGCAGCCAGGCUUUGGCCUGCAUCCGCAAUCCCCGUCAUCAUCCUUGCAGGUGCUGCCGGCUCCAACAGCUCCCGCAUCCAGAAUUCCUGGGGUGCCACAGCAAGAUGCGGCCGUCCGUCAGGUGGCGCAGCAGCAACAGCCUCCACCAGUGCUGCAGGACGAUGACCUUAUAACGAUGCCGCUGGACAAGCCCCUGGACCUGUUCGCUGCUAUUUUUGAGGCUGAGUCUGAGGAGGAAGACGAAGAGGAGGAGGGCCAAGGGCAGGAGAAGGAGGCAGGCGCAGGGAAGCAUGCAGGGGGCCGGACAGGCGACGAGGUCGCUGAAGGGGGCCCCGUUGGUGUUCCAGCGGCCGCUAUUGCAAGCGGAGGCGGCACCACAGUCGGUCCCGCCAAGUCGCUUGCGGAGGCGCUGAUGCGGGCUCAGGAGGUAUCUGCCAAGCGCGCGCAGGAGGCGAGGGAGAGCAGGCAGGCGGAGGCGUUGCAGGAGCAGCUGCUGGCGGGUGCCGCACCAACGGCGACCAGCGGAGGCGCCGCUGCUGCCGCCGCCGCGGGAGGGGCCGUAAUGGCCCCAGGCGGCAUCCUGGGUCCCGUGGACCCCGAGGUGCAGGACCGCAUUCGGACCGCGCUGAGCUUCUUCCAGAGUCACUACCGAAGCAAGAAGGAUCGGAGCAAGGACCGCAAGCGGAAGAAGGAAAAGAAGAAGCAGAAGGAUAAGGACAAGGGGAAGGAGAAGGAAAAAAAGGGCAAGAAGGAGAGGAAGCGCAGGGGCAAGGACCGGGAUCGGGACCUCGAAGGGUAUGAGGACCGUGACAGUAAGGAGCGGCACAAGAAGCGGCGGUCGAAGAAGGGCAAGAAGGAGAAAGAGGAGAAGGAUAGAGGGGAAGGAAGGGGCUCUAAAAGGCGGCGGAGCAAGCGGGAUGAGGAUAGGGAUGGCGAUGGGGACGUGCGCAGGAAAGAGUGGCGGGGUAAACAGCGGGAGGCAGCGGAGGAGACCGAUGAGGACUGGGAGCGCGAGCGGAAGCGGAGCCGCCGCAGCCGUCAACGCAGCCGCAGCUUCGAUGAUGACGAGAUAUCAGUUCCCGUCCGCCAGCCUGGUGGCCAUGGGAGGCCCAGGGGCGCUGAUGGUGCGAACCGGGAGUGGGCAGGAGGGAUCUCAGACGGGGUGUUGAGGGUCUCGAUUACGGGUCUCAUGUUCCGAGACGGCUUAGACUGCGGCCCUCUUCGUAAGGGACUGGGGCGCAGCUAG